AUGGCGAAGGUCAAAAUCGCCGCACCCCCUAUUUUCAGCCACAGCUGCGCCUACGCGCUCUGUCCGCACACGCGCAACGUCCCGGACAAGGUGUUGCAUCUCGUCAAAGCGAAGGGGAGCGUGGUGAUGGUGAAUUUCAUGCCCGACUUCGUGAGCUGCGUCGCUGCGAACCCGCCGAAUGAGAGUGGGCUUCCUGAUUUCGACGAGGCGGGGUCGAUGCUGGGACGGGUGGCGGAUCAUGUGGUGUAUAUUGGGGAGUUGAUUGGGUUUGAGCAUGAUGUGACGAAGUUUCCCGAUUUGGUGGGGGAGUUGCUGAGGAGGGGGGUGAGUGAUGCGGAUGUGGCGAAGGUUGUGGGUGGGAAUAUUUUGCGUGUGUGGGCGGAGGCUGAUGGGGUGGCGCUGAGGAUUCAGGGGGAGGGGGAGAAGCCUCUUGAGGAUGAUCUGCCGAGUGUGGAGUGGUAG